CCCGACUCCACCCCCACGGGACCCGACUCCACCCCACGGGACCCGACUCCACCCCCGCGGGAUCCAACACCUCCACCCCCACGAGAUCCCACACCACCACCUCGAGACCCAACUCCGCCCCCUCGAGAUCCAACACCGCCCCCUCCAGAUCCAACACCUCCUCCGCCUACAGAUUUACCCCCUUCACGAGAGCCAACUCCACCCCCUACUGUGAUACCACCCAUUGACCCCACGCCCCUUCCCACUCCCGGGCUUCACUUUGGAACAGAGUACAAGCGGACUCACUUAAAUACAUUUGAAGUCCAUGUUGAUUUCCGGUCUAAACCUACGGACUUUGAUGUUGAGCGCCGCCCUUUCGUCAUUUCCGGUUUGUAUACUGAUGAUGAGUUCCCAUUGGAGGUUGCGCUACCUAAACCCGACCCACAAGGCAGGGAUAUAGAAUGGAAACGACCUACUGAUAUCCGGGACAAGCCGGUACUGUUUUCAGAUGGUACUUCCAAAUAUGACAUAGGCCAAAGAUCAAUUGGUACCUGUUGGUUCCUCGCUAUGGUAACCAAUAUAGCCGACAAACCAAAUCUCCUAAGACAGGUAAUUCCUUCGGACGCUUACCUCGUGGGGAGCCCCGAAUAUGACGGCGUGUUUCACUGCCGGUUUUGGCGCUAUGGUGUAUGGGAGGACGUGUACAUUGACGACUAUCUACCAAUCGUGUACGGCAAUUCUGUGUACGGGGCACACUCAGACACGGACGAAAACGAGAUGUGGGUCGCCCUUCUCGAAAAAGCAUUCGCUAGAUGUUACGGGAGCUACGAAGCCAUAACUGGAGGCCAGAGUGCAGCCUCCUUCGUUGCACUUACGUCUGGUGUUCCGGAAGAAGUAGAUCUUACAACAGGGGAGGUUACUCCUUAUGAAAUAUAUGUUCGCUUGACGAACGCUCACCGCUCUGGUGCAAUGGUGGCGUGCGCAGUUCCGGGCAAUUUCAAUGGUUUCAACGGACUGAUUGGAAACCAUGAGUAUACACUGACAGGAACGGCCAUGGCUAAUGACACUCUUUUGGUUCGGGUACGAAACCCGUGGGGUGAAGGCGAGUGGAAAGGUGCAUGGAGUGACGGGAGUUCCGAAUGGUUGUCAGUUUCGGAGGGCAUAGUUCCGCGUGCCAAUAAGGACGACGGGGAGUUCUACAUUUCUAUGGAGGAUUUUAUGCAGUGCUUUAACCAAGUGACGAUUUGUAGCAUCACACCUGACUUCGACAGGGACGGAAGUGAAGACACGCUCAAGUACGUCACGUGUUUAUAUGGUGACUGGCGGGACGACACCGCCGCAGGAUUUAGGAACAAGAUGCAGAAUCCACGAUAUCUCAUAGAAGUUAAUGAUACAGCUGCCGUCGAGAACGGCGAUGUGCCUUUGGUUGUGCAAAUUAUACAGCGGACGGAAUACAGACGGAAAGACAUGCUGCAGAUUCGUUGUGACGUUUACAAGGUGCUGGGAUCCGCAGAAAAUAUGUACAUAAUAGAUGAACUUGGAAAAAACACCAAUUCAUAUAAAAAUUCUCAACAACGGUCCUUCCGGUAUCUAGUGCAGCCUGGGAAAUACAUCAUCAUACCAUCCGCCGGAAGUGCAGGAGAUGAGAAGGAAUUUCUUGUGCGAGUCUUUACAAGUGGUCCAUUACAAGAGUUUGAAAAUCUUACUCACGACAGCAGAGCAGAAUACAUGCAAUGUGACAUGGACUCCUUACCAGAAUCUCUCUCCGUUAGAGGGGACAGAUUGCACACCCAGUGUCUGACUGGUAAUAUCAUCGAGGGAGUGAAUGCUGGAGGUCAAGUUUCUCAUGUCACCGUGGGGAUCAACCCGCAAUUCCGGGUCACAGUCACUGAGAGAGGGUUUGUCCGGUUCCAGUUGCUGCAAGAUGAAAAACCAGAAAUGGUUCCCCUUGGAAUUCGUAUGUGGAGAGAUGACGGUAAUGUUGAUGUGCCAAUGGGGAAUCGUUGGAUCAACUUAAAUUAUCGGGAGCCUGGUGUCAUCGUUCUUAUGACGGACAAUGACGAUGGCAAGUUUGUAGCUGGGCGCAACGUCAAGGCCGACUACAUGCUCGACCCCGGAAGUUAUAUCUUGCUCAUUCAUCUCAACACUCCCGGUGACACCACCAAAUUCGCUCUCCUAGUUCAGUCAGAACACAAACCUGAGAUAACUGGAUUUCAGCUUGGCAACUGAAGACAUCCUACAGACGAAAAUCAAAGUGCUUAUAAUUCUAUUUUAAAAGUACACAAAUAUAUUACAAGGUUACCAAAGCAGUAUCUAUGCUUUGUAAGUUGGGCGUAUGGGUAAUUUUUAUUGGCUGAUGUACAAUAUGUAUUUCUAUGAACAAGCAAAUACUGAUCAGAGUACAUUGACAAUCGUAACAUUUACUCGAUUUGAUAAUUGUUCUUUUACUGGUGGGUUAAAAUAUUCAAACUUAUAACACGUUAUUCUCCUACCAGUUAUUAGCAGGUGUCGGGCAAAUGAUUAAUCUGACACUAUAUUCUCAUUAAAAAAAACAAUCCCUGAUUUUAUCUCUAAUUUAUUAUAAAUUCUAAUAAUUACAGGGAUAUAUUCGUUACGGCUUCGUUAGAUUCAUGUAGUUAAAAUUUGGUUAAAGUUGGUUUGAAACGUCUGGAUGUACUUGUAAAAAUCAUCAUUAAUAUCUCCCUCUUAAAAGAAUACUUUUAAUCACAUUUCAGCGUUAAUUCCAAAGAAACACAAUUUCGUUUUGUGAAACCAUAUCAUAGUAUAACUAUUAACAGUAAUAACAUCAGGCUUAACCGCGAGUUUAAAAAAACUGAUGUAAAUAUCUUGAUCUUACCUCCUUGGUUUGGUUAUGGUUUGUUUUUGUUUAACGUCCUGUUAAGAGCCAGAGUUAUUUAAGUACGUGCCAGGUUUGGAGAUGGAGGAAAGCCGGAGUACCCGGAGAAAAACCACCGGCCUACGGCCAGUGCCCCACGUAGGCUUCGAACUCGCAACCCAGAGGUGGAGGGCUAGUGAUAAAGUGUCGGUACACCUUAACCACUCGGCCACCGCGGCCCCCAAAGGCCGUAUGAUGCCCAUAUAAUUAUCAACUGUAAUUAGAGGUUAACACCAAUUUCACCAACUUCCCUUACUUUGAUAAAAUUCCUUAACGUUUAUGUGAAUAAUAAAAUUUCUUAAUUUAGAAAAUUCUAUAAUGAUCUCUGGGAUUUUUUUUUUUUUUUUUUUUUGAGUUAGGGAACAUUGGUGGUUUUAGAGUUAUUUUUAAAGCCAGCUGAGUUCAUUGUUAUCAGAGUCGUAGUGUAUGUAUGGGAUGUGGAAGUGACAGUGAAAGUUUGUACUGUGAGUUGUAUGCUGUGUAUCUGUUCAUUGUCCUUGGAGCUUUACUAAUCAUCUAAUAUAUACAUAAUGGUUGUAAUAUAUAUAUAUAUACAUUGCUCAAUGCAAAAUGUCAAGUUAGCAGAACGUAACUUCCAUGCAACGUCCAGAGCGCCCCAUAAUGCAACGGGGUGCAAGGAGAUGAUGGCGUCAGCGCAGUAUGUUUCGAGUCCAAAUAUUUUAUAUAUUAUUUAAGCAAAUGUUUAUUAAAAUGUUCAUUGUAUUAAC